GUCCAUGGGGAACGCCAAUAGCAUUCCGGAAGCCCAGCGGACGAUGCAGCGCCAGCUCCAGUACUGCCAGGAAAUGCGCACCCAGUUGGAAUGUCAAGUCUCUUCUCUCGAAACACUAGCCUGGAGGAGGAAGGACGAAAUAGAAAGGAACAUGGCUGAUAGUACCCGGAACUUCGGUAUCUUUAAGGAUUGCCUUGACGAACUUGAGCAAGCGGAGUCAAUAUUCCAACACCUAUCGACAAAGAAAUCGAUCUGUGAAAAAGAGGUUGCAAGAUUAUCCGAUGAGCUUAAUGACUUAGAUCCAGAAAGUGCAGCCAGGGCUGGCGAGCAUUCUCCAGAAACCUCUGCAGAAAUAAGAGAAUCCCCUGAAAGUGGUUUCAGCAUAGACUAUGACACAUUCUUCGGUAAGCAGAAGACACAACCACAUUAUCCUUAUGUCAAAGAUUCUUGAAGAUAAACCGGUUCCACUAGUUCAUGGUAUGAAGAAAUAUGUCUCAUUAGAUUUGGCUCCACUGAUUUUGUUCGAGUACCGUCUUGAGUUUUCUUGUUAUAUCACCAUACGCACUACAGCCAUGAUGAACUCCAUUGUCAUUUAUUGAUAGACUGAUGUAUUACUCCCUUUCGAAGUCCAAUGUGACAAGACAAUGAUGCCUGGUAGGAUUGACUUUUCUUGCACUCUUUCGGAUCUGUAAUCCUUGCUUUGACAAUGAACAUUUGCCCAUCCAACAAAACUGGAACAAUGCAGUUCUUGAAUGAUUUCUCUUCUCAUCUUCUGCUAUACCAUUCUUGAAUGUCUUGGUGAUG